AUGGAAAGGAGAUACACAUAUGCGGAAAAAGGAAAAGCAAUGGCUAACCCGCACGACCACCCCGCUAGGAAGAGAAUCCGAGCCCCUGAGAUGGAUACAACAGAUCUAGUUGAAGAAAAUGCUCUAACGCUCAUUGGAAGAAUCACAAACCCUAAGGAGCAACGAAUCCGCUCUCUAAUCCCCUACUUUUCAAACCGGUGGGAGAUAAAAGGAGAAGUAGAGGGCUCAGACCUGGGGAACAACUGUUUCCAGUUCCGCUUCACCUUGGAGAAAGAUCUCAACAGAAUCCUAGCAAACAGGCCCUAUCAGUUUGCUAGAUGGAUGGUGAUAGUCCAAAAGUGGGAACCCAUCAUCUCAUCCUAG